UAUGAACCCAGUGCCGUAAAAUCAGUUACCUAUCAGACAUUGUUCUGUGAACCAAAUUUAAGUAUCCGCAAUCUGAACGUUAUAAAAAUUAGGUCGAAUAUUCAACAGAAGUAAUUGUAAUGGAGGCCGAUGAGGAAUUCGUCCUGGACAACGAGGCAGCAGAGAUCGAGCGCUUAAAGCUCCCCGAAGAGGAAAAGAAACCUACCGACCCCGAAGAGGAUGAUGAACGAAUAGCACGCAUCGAAUUCCUCUGCUCCGGUUGCGAAAUGCACGAGAUGGUUCACUAUUUCGGAAGGAAACCGCCAUUUACUCUGGGGAUAAAGUAUCCGGAGGAUAACUACGUGAUGAGAGAUCCCUUCCAGCCACCUCCGCCUCGUUGGCAGACGAAAGCGGAAUACUACGUCUCUCUGGGCGCCAAGUGCUCCAUUUGCUCGAAGACGGUGUGCAAGGAUCCCGCCUGCAGUUUUUACUACACUGCCACCUUUUGCUUACCAUGCGGCCAAGAAAAGCUCAAAACCUGGCCAGUGGAGGCCCAAGCGCGACUUCGAAAGCAGCUGGCAGCCAGUCAACGAGACAAAAAAUAGAUAUACAAUAUUGAAUUUAUAGCUUAUAAAAAUAUUAAGGUGGAGCUAAGAAACAAAUGUCUUAAGAAGUUCUAAGUUUGUAAAAAGAACUUGUAUAUAACAUUAAAAAAAAGUUGAUAAACUCUGA